AUGCCAAGGUCUUCUCGUACAGAUAAAUUGGUAUACGACCCAAAAAUCGAAAAGACCGCACGAAGACUUCAUCGGGAAACUAAGCAACAAUCGGAAGAAACAUCCGCCCCAUACGAAGACGAAGAAGACAUAACUUUGGAGUUUGAGGAAUCCCUAAGCGAAUCCGAAGAAGAGAUAAUGGCUUUGAUUCUUGAAAGAUCGAUCAAUAACAUGACGUCACCCGAUCUAAACCAGCAACCACUAUGCAUUGAGUACCCUGAUUUAGAGGUAGACUUUGAACUGAAAUCUGGAUUAAUUCAUUUACUUCCCACUUUCCGUGGCCUCGCAGGUGAAGAUCCACAUAAGCAUCUAAAGGAAUUCCAUGUGGUAUGCUCCGGAAUGCGCCCACAAGGCAUAAGCGAGGAACAAGUCAAAUUGAGAGCGUUCCCCUUCUCUCUUGCCGACCAAGCGAAGGAUUGGCUGUACUUUCUACCUUCAGGAUCCAUUACAAGAUGGAAUGAUCUCAAGAGACAGUUUCUUGAGAAAUAUUUCCCUGCCUCAAGAGCCACAACGAUCCGGAAGGAGAUCAGCGGGAUUCGACAAUUCGCGGGAGAUAGUCUUUUCGAAUAUUGGGAAAGAUUCAAUCGACUAGUGGAAAGUUUCCCCCAUCAUCAAAUCCCGAACCACUUGUUGAUCCAGUAUUUCUAUGAAGGCCUAUCAAAUAUGGAUAGGAAACUAAUAGAUGCGGCAAGUGGCGGAGCAUUGUUCGACAAAACCCCCACCGAGGCGCGUAAACUAAUCUCGAUUAUGGCGUCCAACACGCAACAAUUUGGGGUUAGUCACGAUGAUCCACCUAGAAAAAGCAACGAGGUAAGUAAUCUUGAAGAACGUUUAAAUCAACUCACAACUGUUGUUGAAAAAAUUGUUGCAGAUACUUAUCAACAAGUCAAAGCGUGUGGUAUCUGCACCUUAACGGGACACGCUACCGACAUGUGCCCAACUCUUCAAGAAUCAACUACCGAACAUGCCGACACCGUAGGAGGAUUCACCGGACAACAACAGAGAAGAUAUGAUCCUUUCUCCAACACAUACAACCCCGGAUUGAGGGACCCCCCGAAUCUGAAUUACGGCAACCAACACUUUCAAAAACCCCAAUACCGACCACCUCCACAACCUAACCCCACGCCUAACACAUCCCUUGAUGACACGAUGAAAGCACUAGUGACCAACACACAACAAUUCCAGCAACAGACCCAGGCGAGCUUCCAACAAUUCCAACAACAGACUCAGCAGUUCCAGCAACAGACCCAGACGAGCAUUCAAAAUCUAGAGUCUCAAAUCAGUCAACUGGCGUCAUCUGUUGGUAAGCUCGAGUCCCAAGAGCUACAACUCGAAAAUAGCACUAGGCGUGGGCACGCACAGCAGGGCAAAACAGAGGAUGCAUUGAAAAUUCCUCCAAAAGAAAUUGAAAAAUCCAACCAAGUCAGUGAGGAAAGUCCCAAGGUGUUCAUACACAAACCUCCCUUCCCGGAGAGAUUUGCCAAGUCCAAAGAGGAGGAAGAGGAGAAGGAUAUCCUUGAAACAUUACUCAAUGUUGAGGUAAAUAUUCCCCUACUCAAUGCAAUUAAACAAGUACCUCGCUAUGCAAAAUUUCUCAAGGAAUUGUGCACCAACAAAUCUAAAUUGAGAGAUAAUGAAAGGGUAAGUAUGGGAGAAAAUGUAUCUGCCAUUCUUCAAAGAAAACUACCUCCUAAAUGCAAUGAUUCAGCAAUUUCACCUAUCACCAAGAUCUCUCUCCCUCUCAAUUCAUAUGAAGUUGCCGCCACCAUCUGCCACCAGCCCAACCACGCCAUGAUUCUUCGCGGCAUGCACUCAGGGACACUUCCUUAA